CAGGUAUAAGAGCUGAGCUCAGGUGAGCUGGCUCCUCCAUCCUGUCUCUGCAGCUGCCAGCAGGCAGAUCAUGAUCCAUCAGCUCCUGUGGGGCAGGCUAUAGGACAGACGACAGACUUCACUCACAGAAGGACCAGUGUACCAGGCACCAUGGGACAGUGUCGGUCAGCCAAUGCUGAGGAUGCCCAAGAAUUCAGUGAUGUAGAGAGGGCCAUUGAGACCCUCAUCAAGAACUUCCAUCAGUACUCUGUGGAGGGUGGAAGGGAAACACUGACCCCUGCUGAACUCCGAGACCUGGUUACCCAGCAGCUGCCGCACCUCAUGCCGAGCAACUGUGGGCUAGAAGAGAAGAUUGCCAACUUGGGUAACUGCAAUGACUCGAAACUGGAGUUUGGAAGCUUCUGGGAGCUGAUUGGAGAAGCAGCCAAGAGUGUGAAGAUGGAGGGCCCUGUGGCUCGAAGCUGAGGGUCUCUUCUUGGAACUUGUUGGGAUGUUGGGGGUAGGGGAUUUUAGAGGCCCUGAGCCUGGAAAUAAAACUUCUCUCCACCUGCACCACCCUCUUCCCCAGCCUGUACCUCUCCUCAUCUCUACAACAUUCAGGCUCAGGACAGCUUUCCCUGGGGGCUCUGAGCAGCUCAUGGGUCCAGAAGUCCUCAUCUCAGUAGAGCUCAGGGGGUGGGUUGGGACUGGAGAGGCUGUGCAGGGACCCUGGCAGGGUAAGGGCCAAGUGAUUUGGUAAUAAGGGAAGGGUAGAAAGGAACUGGGCUAUGGGAAGUGAUUGAAGAGUGGGGCUGGGGCUCUGGCUGGAUAUUUGGUCCUGAAAAGCGUGUGUGAGAAUCUAUGCCUUCUAAUCUUGUCCAACCUAAACUGUAGCUGUCUUCUCUGUACUAUCCUUGCUGCUCCCAGCUCUGCCCCAUCCUCCUUCCAGGGCCUGUUCCUGAGUAGAGGCAGGGGAAAUAGGAGCAGAGCUGCAAAAGAGGCUGAGGAGGGUGUGACUUCAUGACUUUGGGGUGAGAGGACCAGCUAGGUGCUUGGGCAUUUAUGGAUGAUAGUUAUUUUAUAUCAUUUGAUUAAUAAAAAUAUUGGAAAAAGUAAAA